AUGGCUCGAUCCCCUGCAGUCCAAACGAAUUUUUAUUGCACGGUUUCUUCUUCAGGCGGAACGACCAGGGCGCAAUGGGAAGACGUCACCGGAUCCACGCCACUGACAUUCGUCAACGAUUGCGUAUCUUUCACCACCACAGUAUCAGCCAGAUUCUGGCUCAUGGAUUGCAGGAAUAUCGCCGACGCCACCAAAAUGGCUACCGAACUUUAUAAGGAAGCCAUCCACGUUCCGUUCAUGGCGAAAUUCGUGGUGUUCGCGAAGCGCGUGGAUCCCCUGGAGGCGCGACUGAGAGUCUUCUGCAUGACCGACGACAAAGAAGACAAGACCCUGGAGCAGCAGGAGCACUUCACCGAAGUAGCCAAGAGCAGGGACGUCGAGGUGCUGGAGGGCAAGCAGCAGUACGUCGAGUUCGCCGGCAAUUUGGUGCCGAUCACCAAAAGCGGGGAGCAGCUGUCGUUCUCGUUCAGAGCCUUCAAGGAGAACCGGUUGCCGUUUUCCGUUCGAGUCAAGGACCAACACGCCGAGGCGGUCAGCCGGUGCUUGUUCAUGAAGGAGCCGAAGGUGCCGAAGGGGGAGCCGCCGCAACAGCCGAUUUGCAUCCUGAACAUCGUCCUACCCGAAGACAUCGUCACCGAUACGAUAUCGCUCACCGACAGCGAUUCUCUGAAGCAGUACAGGUUCCUGUCGGAGAACUUCGAUUACUACAGACCCGAUCCCAGAUUGGCCGAUAUGAGCAAUCUCUUAGGCGAAGACUGGGUACCGUUGGCCAAUCAACUCGGACUCACCACCUCGGAAAUCAACGUUAUCAAGUCGGAGUAUCCGGAUAGCGUAGCUAAACAAGCGCAGAGCAUGUUAAGAAUGUGGUUGUCGCAAACUGGCAACAAGGCACAAACGAACACUCUCGAGAACGCCUUGAGAAGAAUAGGAAGAGAGGACAUUAUACCUCAGUGCCUAAACGUUGACCAAAGUCAAACAAUCAGUAGGAUAAAACAAGAGGAGAAAGGAAAAUAUAGACUGAAAAAAGAUAUAGAUAGUAUAGAUACAGGUGCUGUGAGAGAAGGCGUUGUCCCUGAUAACCAAGAAGCUAAACGCUUGAGAAUCAAAGACAAGUACAAGGCGGAGGAGAAGAUAGUGAUAAAAUCCGACGAGGAAGAGGAAGUAGAAGAGCAAUUCGAGAAGCCGGUGGCCGAGCGAAGGGAGCACAUCGAAAAGCGCUUCGCAGAGAGCAAGAUUCCCGCGUCGUCGCAACGACGGGAAAUCGUCCAAGAGAUAACCACCAUCAAAGAGCAAAGUCUAGUCGAAGACAAGCUGGCCGAGGUCGAGGAGCGAGUCAGAGAAGAAACCACAAAAACCACAAUCGUCACCAAACCGCACGAGACGAAAACGGUCACCAAAACGGUCGAAAUAAAAACCACUUUACCAUCAGAUUCGAACGUUUCGGAAACCGUUCCGCCCUCUAAAUCGCAAGUCAAAACGACGACCAUCACCACCGAAACACGCACAAUUCAAUCUGAAGAAGCGCACAAAACGCCCGAGGACGCCGAGCUUUUGGAAAAAGUCACGCAGAGUUUCGAAAAGAAGAAGCAGAUCGUGCCCACGUUGAUCGCAGACGAAGAUCCCAAAUCGCCCAAAUUUUCGAAAACUCCGCCGCCCAGCCCGGCCGACUUUUUGACCAAGGAUCAGGCAGCCUCUGUUCAAGCAAGUGCCUCACCUCAAGACGACGACGACUCCUUGGACACUGACGGCUUCAGAGAAGACGAUUGCUUGUUGGAGACGCCGACGCCCGGCGAAGAAUGCUCGUCUUCACAGCAUUUCCCCUCGUACAUCGCUAAAGACAUAGACAGCCAAGAGGUCACUGCCUACGAUAACAUCUACCAAUACUACCAACACCAAGCGAAGCUCUUCGCAGGACAGCGCAAGCGUCUCGCUUCGAGCGAGGAUUUAGACGCUGAUGUGAUAGAAUCUACCUCCAAUAUACUGCCUUCCAAUAGUGAGCAAUUCGAUAUAGAUUUAGAUAAGACUAAAUCCGGCGAAACGCGCGUAUACGCCUCGCCGGAGGAGAAAGGUAUUAAGGAUUCCAAGAGGCCGGAAGAUUGGGAACGAAAGGAACGAAAGACUGUUGAAAGACUGCAAGGUGGCGCUGGUAAAGAUAACCCAGCGCCCACUCAAGAUAAGGUAAAGCUUAAAGUAGCGCCGGAGAAGAAAGUAACCCUAACCUACUCGCACGACACAAGCACUGUUAAGAACCUUUCCAUCGGUAAAUCCGAUGAAGCUGUCGUGAACGUCGUGCAAAAAACCACGUCAGAAUUGACUUAUCCUCAACAGAAGCAAUCGACACCACCGGAAGAUAAUGAGAAAAUACAUCACGUACACAGGAGCACUUCUCCCUUGACUAACAAAGAAAUAUCCCCAUCGCCGGAAGGCUCUCCUCCCACCGUCACCGACCUCUCUAAGCCCACUCUAGAACUUAUCAUAGGCCGUAAAGAGGUUCGAACUAAAGAAGCCCUGGCUACAGCCGAAAGCCGGCUGACUUUGUACGGCACCAACGACGUGGAAAUCUCCAUCAAAUCCCAAUCGCACAUCUCGGUAACCACCACCAAGAAAGACAAUUCCGGCGCGGAAACGUCGGAGAAAUUCGAUGUGGGAAUGUUCACCACCGCCGGCAUGGAGAAACCGUCCCCCGACAAGGCCCAGUCGUUCAUAAUACCGCCCGAAUCGGGCGAAGUUCCGCCCAAAAAGAGGGAGGAAACCGUGAAUUUCAGCGGGAGGAAGCAAAUUUACACUUACCACGAGGUAGAUCGCUCCUCCGCAGCUCAUUCACCAGCAAGCGAUAGCGUAUCGCACCACGUAACAGAUACUGGUAUUUCAAUCACCAGAGGAUACACUGGUACUCUGUCGAGCCCAGUCGAUCGCCCACCGGGCACUUUAAUUCAAACCACAGGAUUCAUUUCUGAUACCGCUCCUGAAAUAGAGGAAUUCGAGUGCACAGACGCUGGACUCAGUCCUAUACAAGCCGACGAAUUACCACCGCACGAACUCGAAGAUGAAAUUAACCAAUACACUGAUACAGGCACUAGCCCUAUCGAAUUUCCGGAAUCCGCUUCAGUUGCUAUAUCUCAAGUAGAUACUUCCGAAGCCGGCACAAUCACGGAUCAAAUCGAUACUAAAGAUUCAACGUGUAGCCCGAUUAUUCCAGACGAGACGUUUCCCAUUUCAGCCGCUGAUAAAAUCAAAGACGACGAAAUCCUCGCUAAAAGACGAGGAUCCGGAGACGUCAGAGCGAAAAUUAAAAUGCUGGAAGAGCAAGCGGGGAAAUCUCCUCAGAAGAAGUCGGCUUUCGAGAAGAAGCAACGCGAGCAAGUCGAUUCGGAAGACGAAAUGUCUAGUAUGAAAGAAGAAGAAUUAUACAAAGGUUCUACGGAAACUCUAGCUAUUCUCGACGAUGAGGAAUAUAAAUUAGAAACCAUAGCCGAACAGAUGGUGAGAGAAAAAGUGGAAGAACAAGCCAUUACUGUCAAAGAGAGCAAAUCCAAAACCUCAACACCCGUGCAUACAAAACAUCAUGUCGGUAAGAAAAUCGCGGAAUUGCAAAAAAUAUUUUCUUCCGAAAACGAAGCCGACGAGGAUUCGUACAAGUUACCAAUCAAGCAUAAACCUAAAGAGAAAGAAAAAGUACUAACGAAGCAAGUAAUGGAAAUCGAUCAACCACCACCAGAAACUGUUGAUAAAACCGAAACUGAAGAGGAAAUAGACGAGAUUAGCGUCAAAUCCGUAAAAGAUAAAAAGAGCAUGUUCGAGGAACUUAUAUCAAAAUCCCAAGAAUCCACACCUAAGAAGGUGUGCAAAGAACCUGUUGACAAAACUAAACUAAUAGAGGAACAUAUAGAAAAACGUAUAAGAGAAAAGGAAAUGCAACCACCACUACCCAAAGACAAACCAGCUAGUAGUCCUUUGAAAACCCACAAAGAUUACACAGACAACGAACUCAGCGACUGCUUAAAGGCAAUCGAAGAGGAAGUGGUGACCGAACAAAAGAGACACAUUCAAGCUUUGAUUCAUUCCAUCGAGGAACGGAACAAAGUGUUGGACGGCACUUGCGUGGAACCCGUAUGCAUUAAAGUGCAAGUAAAACCACGUUCACCAAGAUCCGUCUCGCCAUACGAACAAAUUGAAAUUAAAGAAGAUAUACCGUCUUUUGAACCGGUAAUAACCGAUCGUAAAGUACCCACCGAGCUUUCCAAGAUAUUCGCAGACAGCGCUAAAAUCAUCGAGCAAAUGAGCGAAGUUCCGCUGGAAAUUUGCGAAGAACCGUGCUUAAAGAAACAGAUCAGUAAAUUAGCGACUGCUGAUGAUGAUACUGAAGAUAUUAAAGAGCUUUCCCCUUGCGUGACUGUCGUCAGUGCUGAUAAAACUUCUCCUAAGCAACUGGAGCUUAGAGAUAAAAGUGCUGUCUACGUGCCGACGACUCAGCAGGAAAUCCGCAAAAUAAUGUCGGAGGUGCUUGAGGCUUCGAAGCAGAUUCGGCAGGAUGUUAAAGAGCUGAAGCCUGAUUUGACGCCGACUCCUGAAGGUCAAUUAAUAACGAUGUACCCGGAUGGGGAUCUGGUGGGUUUGACAAAGGACGAGAAAGAGCAGGAAAAUGUAAAAUCUAUAGACAUGAUGGUGGUAGAUAAGCAUCAUAAAACACACGCUGAACUCAAAGAAGACGGUGCUGAAAUUGUUAUCGAGAGUAAAACGCAAAUUAAACAAAUAAGAAGUGUAAGUCAAAUAAAAUCGACGGAAAUUUUAACUGAAAAAACGGUGACAGUAGGGAAGGUGCAAACGGAAGAAAUUUACAAAAAAGAAUUUACGAAAAUAGAAGACACAUUUGCCGAAAACAAAGAAAUUAAAAUAACUACCGACACAUCACAAGUAGAGGACAUAAACGUACAUAAAGAUAAUAUUAAAUUUUCAUUACCAUCAGCAAUAAAAUCUCCUGAAGAAGACGAAGCAUUUCCAGAAGAACUAGCCAAACAACCUGAUAAACUUUUAGUAUCUCAAUCGCCAAAGUCUAAAGAAAUAAACAUAAUACCUGUAUCUCCAGAUAAAAAUAAAACAACAAACUUCCCCGACAAAGGUGGUACUGACGUUUAUGAUGAAAAUGUAUCAACAGAUGCGAAUUUACCCCAAUCAUCAGUUCAAAUUAACGAUGAAAUCCCUUUAAGAGAUUUUCCAAAAUCUCCUAUUGAAACUCAUGGACAAUUUUCCUCACCUGAAGAACCACCUAAAGUUCACGAUGAAAUUCCAUCACCUAAAGAACAAGCAAAAUCUCCUACUAAAAUUCAUGAAAAUAUUCCAUCACCUAAAGAAACACCCAAAUCUCCUGCUAAAGUUCACGAUGAAAUUCCAUCACCUAAAGAACAAGCAAAAUCUCCUACUAAAAUUCACGAAGAUAUUCCCUCACCUAAAGAAACACCCAAAUCUCCUGCUAAAGUUCACGAUGAAAUUCCAUCACCUAAAGAACAAGCAAAAUCUCCUACUAAAAUUCAAGAAGAUAUUCCAUCACCUAAAGAAACACCUAAAUCUCCAGCUAAAGUUCACGAUGAAAUUCCAUCACCUAAAGAACAAGCAAAAUCUCCUACUAAAAUUCACGAAGAUAUUCCAUCACCUAAAGAAACACCUAAAUCUCCAGCUAAAGUUCACGAUGAAAUUCCAUCACCUAAAGAACAAGCAAAAUCUCCUACUAAAAUUCACGAAGAUAUUCCAUCACCUAAAGAAACACCUAAAUCUCCAGCUAAAGUUCACGAUGAAAUUCCAUCCCCUAAAGAACAAGCAAAAUCUCCUACUAAAAUUCACGAAGAUAUUCCAUCACCUAAAGAAACACCUAAAUCUCCAGCUAAAGUUCACGAUGAAAUUCCAUCACCUAAAGAACAAGCAAAAUCUCCUACUAAAAUUCACGAAGAUAUUCCAUCACCUAAAGAAACACCUAAAUCUCCAGCUAAAGUUCACGAUGAAAUUCCAUCCCCUAAAGAACAAGCAAAAUCUCCUACUAAAAUUCACGAAGAUAUUCCAUCACCUAAAGAAACACCUAAAUCUCCAGCUAAAGUUCACGAUGAAAUUCCAUCCCCUAAAGAACAAGCAAAAUCUCCGACUAAAAUUCACGAAGAUAUUCCGUCAAUUAUAGAAGCAACUAAAUCUCCUGGUAAACCGAAAGACAUUGAAAUUUCUAAAGAUAUUCCAGUAAAACUAAUAUUAAAAUCUCCUAUUAAAGAUAUAACACCGAAAUCGGUAUCAAAACACGUUACGAAAAUUGGAAUCUCAGAGGAAAUAAAAGUAAAGGAUACUGAAAUAAUAAAAGAAAUUAAAUUAACCGAAGUUUUACCACUAUCUCCUACUAAAAUUCACGAAGAUAUUCCAUCACGUAAAGAAACACCCAAAUCUCCUGCUAAAGUUCACGAUGAAAUUCCAUCACCUAAAGAACAAGCAAAAUCUCCUACUAAAAUUCACGAAGAUAUUCCCUCACCUAAAGAAACACCCAAAUCUCCUGCUAAAGUUCACGAUGAAAUUCCAUCACCUAAAGAACAAGCAAAAUUUCCUACUAAAAUUCACGAAGAUAUUCCAUCACCUAAAGAAACACCUAAAUCUCCAGCUAAAGUUCACGAUGAAAUUCCAUCACCUAAAAAACAAGCAAAAUCUCCUACUAAAAUUCACGAAGAUAUUCCAUCACCUAAAGAAACACCUAAAUCUCCAGCUAAAGUUCACGAUGAAAUUCCAUCCCCUAAAGAACAAGCAAAAUCUCCUACUAAAAUUCACGAAGAUAUUCCAUCACCUAAAGAAACACCUAAAUCUCCAGCUAAAGUUCACGAUGAAAUUCCAUCACCUAAAGAACAAGCAAAAUCUCCUACUAAAAUUCACGAAGAUAUUUCGUCAAUUAUAGAAGCAACUAAAUCUCCUGGUAAACCGAAAGACAUUGAAAUUUCUAAAGAUAUUCCAGUAAAACUAAUAUUAAAAUCUCCUAUUAAAGAUAUAACACCGAAAUCGGUAUCAAAACACGUUACGAAAAUUGGAAUCUCAGAGGAAAUAAAAGUAAAGGAUACUGAAAUAAUAAAAGAAAUUAAAUUAACCGAAGUUUUACCACUAUCUCCUACUAAAAUUCACGAAGAUAUUCCAUCACCUAAAGAAACACCCAAAUCUCCUGCUAAAGUUCACGAUGAAAUUCCAUCACCUAAAGAACAAGCAAAAUCUCCUACUAAAAUUCACGAAGAUAUUCCCUCACCUAAAGAAACACCCAAAUCUCCUGCUAAAGUUCACGAUGAAAUUCCAUCACCUAAAGAACAAGCAAAAUCUCCUACUAAAAUUCACGAAGAUAUUCCAUCACCUAAAGAAACACCUAAAUCUCCAGCUAAAGUUCACGAUGAAAUUCCAUCACCUAAAGAACAAGCAAAAUCUCCUACUAAAAUUCACGAAGAUAUUCCAUCACCUAAAGAAACACCUAAAUCUCCAGCUAAAGUUCACGAUGAAAUUCCAUCCCCUAAAGAACAAGCAAAAUCUCCUACUAAAAUUCACGAAGAUAUUCCAUCACCUAAAGAAACACCUAAAUCUCCAGCUAAAGUUCACGAUGAAAUUCCAUCACCUAAAGAACAAGCAAAAUCUCCUACUAAAAUUCACGAAGAUAUUUCGUCAAUUAUAGAAGCAACUAAAUCUCCUGGUAAACCGAAAGACAUUGAAAUUUCUAAAGAUAUUCCAGUAAAACUAAUAUUAAAAUCUCCUAUUAAAGAUAUAACACCGAAAUCGGUAUCAAAACACGUUACGAAAAUUGGAAUCUCAGAGGAAAUAAAAGUAAAGGAUACUGAAAUAAUAAAAGAAAUUAAAUUAACCGAAGUUUUACCACUAUCUCCUACUAAAAUUCACGAAGAUAUUCCAUCACCUAAAGAAACACCCAAAUCUCCUGCUAAAGUUCACGAUGAAAUUCCAUCACCUAAAGAACAAGCAAAAUCUCCUACUAAAAUUCACGAAGAUAUUCCCUCACCUAAAGAAACACCCAAAUCUCCUGCUAAAGUUCACGAUGAAAUUCCAUCACCUAAAGAACAAGCAAAAUCUCCUACUAAAAUUGACGAAGAUAUUCCAUCACCUAAAGAAACACCUAAAUCUCCAGCUAAAGUUCACGAUGAAAUUCCAUCACCUAAAGAACAAGCAAAAUCUCCUACUAAAAUUCACGAAGAUAUUCCAUCACCUAAAGAAACACCUAAAUCUCCAGCUAAAGUUCACGAUGAAAUUCCAUCACCUAAAGAACAAGCAAAAUCUCCUACUAAAAUUCACGAAGAUAUUUCGUCAAUUAUAGAAGCAACUAAAUCUCCUGGUAAACCGAAAGACAUUGAAAUUUCUAAAGAUAUUCCAGUAAAACUAAUAUUAAAAUCUCCUAUUAAAGAUAUAACACCGAAAUCGGUAUCAAAACACGUUACGAAAAUUGGAAUCUCAGAGGAGAUAAAAGUAAAGGAUACUGAAAUAAUAAAAGAAAUUAAAUUAACCGAAGUUUCACCACUAUCUCCUACUAAAAUUCACGAAGAUAUUCCAUCACCUAAAGAAACACCCAAAUCUCCUGCUAAAGUUCACGAUGAAAUUCCAUCACCUAAAGAACAAGCAAAAUCUCCUACUAAAAUUCAUGAAGAUAUUCCAUCACCUAAAGAAACACCCAAAUCUCCUGCUAAAGUUCACGAUGAAAUUCCAUCACCUAAAGAACAAGCAAAAUCUCCUACUAAAAUUCACGAAGAUAUUCCAUCACCUAAAGAAACACCCAAAUCUCCUGCUAAAGUUCACGAUGAAAUUCCAUCACCUAAAGAACAAGCAAAAUCUCCUACUAAAAUUCACGAAGAUAUUCCAUCACCUAAAGAAACACCUAAAUCUCCAGCUAAAGUUCACGAUGAAAUUCCAUCCCCUAAAGAACAAGCAAAAUCUCCUACUAAAAUUCACGAAGAUAUUCCAUCACCUAAAGAAACACCUAAAUCUCCAGCUAAAGUUCACGAUGAAAUUCCAUCCCCUAAAGAACAAGCAAAAUCUCCUACUAAAAUUCACGAAGAUAUUCCAUCACCUAAAGAAACACCUAAAUCUCCAGCUAAAGUAGACGAUGAUAUUCCGUCACCUAAAGAACAAGCAAAAUCUCCUACUAAAAUUCACGAAGAUAUUCCGUCAAUUAUAGAAGCAACUAAAUCUCCUGGUAAACCGAAAGACAUUGAAAUUUCUAAAGAUAUUCCAGUAAAACUAAUAUUAAAAUCUCCUAUUAAAGAUAUAACACCGAAAUCGGUAUCAAAACACGUUACGAAAAUUGGAAUCUCAGAGGAGAUAAAAGUAAAGGAUACUGAAAUAAUAAAAGAAAUUAAAUUAACCGAAGUUUCACCACUAUCUCCUACUAAAAUUCACGAAGAUAUUCCAUCACCUAAAGAAACACCCAAAUCUCCUGCUAAAGUUCACGAUGAAAUUCCAUCACCUAAAGAACAAGCAAAAUCUCCUACUAAAAUUCACGAAGAUAUUCCAUCACCUAAAGAAACACCUAAAUCUCCAGCUAAAGUUCACGAUGAAAUUCCCUCACCUAAAGAAACACCCAAAUCUCCUGCUAAAGUUCACGAUGAAAUUCCAUCACCUAAAGAACAAGCAAAAUCUCCUACUAAAAUUCACGAAGAUAUUCCAUCACCUAAAGAAACACCUAAAUCUCCAGCUAAAGUAGACGAUGAUAUUCCGUCACCUAAAGAACAAGCAAAAUCUCCUACUAAAAUUCACGAAGAUAUUCCGUCAAUUAUAGAAGCAACUAAAUCUCCUGGUAAACCGAAAGACAUUGAAAUUUCUAAAGAUAUUCCAGUAAAACUAAUAUUAAAAUCUCCUAUUAAAGAUAUAACACCGAAAUCGGUAUCAAAACACGUUACGAAAAUUGGAAUCUCAGAGGAGAUAAAAGUAAAGGAUACUGAAAUAAUAAAAGAAAUUAAAUUAACCGAAGUUUUACCACUAUCUCCUACUAAAAUUCACGAAGAUAUUCCAUCACCUAAAGAAACACCCAAAUCUCCUGCUAAAGUUCACGAUGAAAUUCCAUCACCUAAAGAACAAGCAAAAUCUCCUACUAAAAUUCACGAAGAUAUUCCAUCACCUAAAGAAACACCUAAAUCUCCAGCUAAAGUUCACGAUGAAAUUCCAUCCCCUAAAGAACAAGCAAAAUCUCCUACUAAAAUUCACGAAGAUAUUCCAUCACCUAAAGAAACACCUAAAUCUCCAGCUAAAGUUCACGAUGAAAUUCCAUCCCCUAAAGAACAAGCAAAAUCUCCUACUAAAAUUCACGAAGAUAUUCCAUCACCUAAAGAAACACCUAAAUCUCCAGCUAAAGUAGACGAUGAUAUUCCGUCACCUAAAGAACAAGCAAAAUCUCCUACUAAAAUUCACGAAGAUAUUCCGUCAAUUAUAGAAGCAACUAAAUCUCCUGGUAAACCGAAAGACAUUGAAAUUUCUAAAGAUAUUCCAGUAAAACUAAUAUUAAAAUCUCCUAUUAAAGAUAUAACACCGAAAUCGGUAUCAAAACACGUUACGAAAAUUGGAAUCUCAGAGGAGAUAAAAGUAAAGGAUACUGAAAUAAUAAAAGAAAUUAAAUUAACCGAAGUUUUACCACUAUCUCCUACUAAAAUUCACGAAGAUAUUCCAUCACCUAAAGAAACACCCAAAUCUCCUGCUAAAGUUCACGAUGAAAUUCCAUCACCUAAAGAACAAGCAAAAUCUCCUACUAAAAUUCACGAAGAUAUUCCAUCACCUAAAGAAACACCUAAAUCUCCAGCUAAAGUUCACGAUGAAAUUCCCUCACCUAAAGAAACACCCAAAUCUCCUGCUAAAGUUCACGAUGAAAUUCCAUCACCUAAAGAACAAGCAAAAUCUCCUACUAAAAUUCACGAAGAUAUUCCAUCACCUAAAGAAACACCUAAAUCUCCAGCUAAAGUAGACGAUGAUAUUCCGUCACCUAAAGAACAAGCAAAAUCUCCUACUAAAAUUCACGAAGAUAUUCCGUCAAUUAUAGAAGCAACUAAAUCCCCUGUUAAACCGAAAGACAUUGAUAUUUCUAAAGAUAUUCCAGACAAACCAGGAUUAAAAUCUCCUAUAAAAGACGUUACACCAAAAUCGCCAUCAAAACAUGUUACGAAAAUUGGUGUCUCAGAGGAGAUAAAAGUGAAGGAAAUUGAAAUAAUUGAAGAAAUUAAAUUAACCGAAGUUUUACCACUAUCUCCUACUAAAAUUCACGAAGAUAUUCCAUCACCUAAAGAAACACCCAAAUCUCCUGCUAAAGUUCACGAUGAAAUUCCAUCACCUAAAGAACAAGCAAAAUCUCCUACUAAAAUUCACGAAGAUAUUCCAUCACCUAAAGAAACACCUAAAUCUCCAGCUAAAGUUCACGAUGAAAUUCCCUCACCUAAAGAAACACCCAAAUCUCCUGCUAAAGUUCACGAUGAAAUUCCAUCACCUAAAGAACAAGCAAAAUCUCCCACUAAAAUUCACGAAGAUAUUCCAUCACCUAAAGAAACACCUAAAUCUCCAGCUAAAGUUCACGAAGAUAUUCCAUCACCUAAAGAAACACCUAAAUCUCCAGCUAAAGUUCACGAUGAAAUUCCAUCACCUAAAGAACAAGCAAAAUCUCCUACUAAAAUUCACGAAGAUAUUCCAUCACCUAAAGAAACACCUAAAUCUCCAGCUAAAAUUCACGAAGAUAUUCCAUCACCUAAAGAAACACCUAAAUCUCCAGCUAAAGUUCACGAUGAAAUUCCAUCCCCUAAAGAACAAGCAAAAUCUCCCACUAAAAUUCACGAAGAUAUUCCAUCACCUAAAGAAACACCUAAAUCUCCAGCUAAAGUUCACGAUGAAAUUCCAUCACCUAAAGAACAAGCAAAAUCUCCUACUAAAAUUCACGAAGAUAUUCCCUCACCUAAAGAAACACCUAAAUCUCCAGCUAAAGUUCACGAUGAAAUUCCAUCCCCUAAAGAACAAGCAAAAUCUCCUACUAAAAUUCACGAAGAUAUUCCCUCACCUAAAGAAACACCUAAAUCUCCAGCUAAAGUUCACGAUGAAAUUCCAUCCCCUAAAGAACAAGCAAAAUCUCCCACUAAAAUUCACGAAGAUAUUCCAUCACCUAAAGAAACACCCAAAUCUCCAGCUAAAGUAGACGAUGAUAUUCCGUCACCUAAAGAACAAGCAAAAUAUCCUACUAAAAUUCACGAAGAUAUUCCGUCAAUUAUAGAAGCAACUAAAUCUCCUGGUAAACCGAAAGACAUUGAAAUUUCUAAAGAUAUUCCAGUAAAACUAAUAUUAAAAUCUCCUAUUAAAGAUAUAACACCGAAAUCGGUAUCAAAACACGUUACGAAAAUUGGAAUCUCAGAGGAGAUAAAAGUAAAGGAUACUGAAAUAAUAAAAGAAAUUAAAUUAACCGAAGUUUUACCACUAUCUCCUACUAAAAUUCACGAAGAUAUUCCAUCACCUAAAGAAACACCCAAAUCUCCUGCUAAAGUUCACGAUGAAAUUCCAUCACCUAAAGAACAAGCAAAAUCUCCUACUAAAAUUCACGAAGAUAUUCCAUCACCUAAAGAAACACCCAAAUCUCCUGCUAAAGUUCACGAUGAAAUUCCAUCACCUAAAGAACAAGCAAAAUCUCCUACUAAAAUUCACGAAGAUAUUCCAUCACCUAAAGAAACACCCAAAUCUCCUGCUAAAGUUCACGAUGAAAUUCCAUCACCUAAAGAACAAGCAAAAUCUCCUACUAAAAUUCACGAAGAUAUUCCCUCACCUAAAGAAACACCCAAAUCUCCUGCUAAAGUUCACGAUGAAAUUCCAUCACCUAAAGAACAAGCAAAAUCUCCUACUAAAAUUCACGAAGAUAUUCCCUCACCUAAAGAAACACCUAAAUCUCCAGCUAAAGUUCACGAUGAAAUUCCAUCACCUAAAGAACAAGCAAAAUCUCCUACUAAAAUUCACGAAGAUAUUCCCUCACCUAAAGAAACACCCAAAUCUCCUGCUAAAGUUCACGAUGAAAUUCCAUCACCUAAAGAACAAGCAAAAUCUCCUACUAAAAUUCACGAAGAUAUUCCAUCACCUAAAGAAACACCUAAAUCUCCAGCUAAAGUUCACGAUGAAAUUCCUUCACCUAAAGAACAAGCAAAAUCUCCUACUAAAAUUCACGAAGAUAUUCCAUCACCUAAAGAAACACCUAAAUCUCCAGCUAAAGUUCACGAUGAAAUUCCUUCACCUAAAGAACAAGCAAAAUCUCCUACUAAAAUUCACGAAGAUAUUCCAUCACCUAAAGAAACACCUAAAUCUCCAGCUAAAGUUCACGAUGAAAUUCCAUCCCCUAAAGAACAAGCAAAAUCUCCUACUAAAAUUCACGAAGAUAUUCCAUCACCUAAAGAAACACCUAAAUCUCCAGCUAAAGUAGACGAUGAUAUUCCGUCACCUAAAGAACAAGCAAAAUCUCCUACUAAAAUUCACGAAGAUAUUCCGUCAAUUAUAGAAGCAACUAAAUCUCCUGGUAAACCGAAAGACAUUGAAAUUUCUAAAGAUAUUCCAGUAAAACUAAUAUUAAAAUCUCCUAUUAAAGAUAUAACACCGAAAUCGGUAUCAAAACACGUUACGAAAAUCUCAGAGGAGAUAAAAGUAAAGGAUACUGAAAUAAUGAAAGAAAUUAAAUUAACCGAAGUUUUACCACUAUCUCCUACUAAAAUUCACGAAGAUAUUCCAUUACCUAAAGAAACACCCAAAUCUCCUGCUAAAGUUCACGAUGAAAUUCCAUCACCUAAAGAACAAGCAAAAUCUCCUACUAAAAUUCACGAAGAUAUUCCAUCACCUAAAGAAACACCUAAAUCUCCAGCUAAAGUUCACGAUGAAAUUCCCUCACCUAAAGAAACACCCAAAUCUCCUGCUAAAGUUCACGAUGAAAUUCCAUCACCUAAAGAACAAGCAAAAUCUCCUACUAAAAUUCACGAAGAUAUUCCAUCACCUAAAGAAACACCUAAAUCUCCAGCUAAAGUUCACGAUGAAAUUCCAUCACCUAAAGAACAAGCAAAAUCUCCUACUAAAAUUCACGAAGAUAUUCCCUCACCUAAAGAAACACCUAAAUCUCCAGCUAAAGUUCACGAUGAAAUUCCAUCACCUAAAGAACAAGCAAAAUCUCCUACUAAAAUUCACGAAGAUAUUCCCUCACCUAAAGAAACACCUAAAUCUCCAGCUAAAGUUCACGAUGAAAUUCCAUCCCCUAAAGAACAAGCAAAAUCUCCUACUAAAAUUCACGAAGAUAUUCCCUCACCUAAAGAAACACCUAAAUCUCCAGCUAAAGUUCACGAUGAAAUUCCAUCCCCUAAAGAACAAGCAAAAUCUCCUACUAAAAUUCAUGAAGAUAUUCCCUCACCUAAAGAAACACCUAAAUCUCCAGUUAAAGUUCACGAUGAAAUUCCAUCCCCUAAAGAACAAGCAAAAUCUCCCACUAAAAUUCACGAAGAUAUUCCAUCACCUAAAGAAACACCCAAAUCUCCUGCUAAAGUUCACGAUGAAAUUCCAUCACCUAAAGAACAAGCAAAAUCUCCUACUAAAAUUCACGAAGAUAUUCCAUCACCUAAAGAAACACCUAAAUCUCCAGCUAAAGUUCACGAUGAAAUUCCCUCAACUAAAGAAACACCCAAAUCUCCUGCUAAAGUUCACGAUGAAAUUCCAUCACCUACAGAACAAGCAAAAUCUCCUACUAAAAUUCACGAAGAUAUUCCAUCACCUAAAGAAACACCUAAAUCUCCAGCUAAAAUUCACGAUGAAAUUCCAUCACCUAAAGAACUAGAAAAAUCUCCAACUAAAAUUCAUGAAGAUAUUCCCUCACCUAAAGAAACACCUAAAUCUCCAACUAAAAUUCAUGAAGAUAUUCCCUCUCCUAAAGAACUAGAAAAAUCUCCAACUAAAAUUCAUGAAGAUAUUCCCUCACCUAAAGAAACACCUAAAUCUCCAGCUAAAAUUCAUGAAAAAAUUCCAUCCCCUAAAGAACAAGCAAAAUCUCCCACUAAAAUUCACGAAGAUAUUCCCUCACCUAAAGAAACACCUAAAUCUCCAGCUAAAGUUCACGAUGAAAUUCCAUCCCCUAAAGAACAAGCAAAAUCUCCCACUAAAAUUCACGAAGAUAUUCCAUCACCUAAAGAAACACCCAAAUCUCCAGCUAAAGUAGACGAUGAUAUUCCGUCACCUAAAGAACAAGCAAAAUCUCCUACUAAAAUUCACGAAGAUAUUCCGUCAAUUAUAGAAGCAACUAAAUCUCCUGGUAAACCGAAAGACAUUGAAAUUUCUAAAGAUAUUCCAGUAAAACUAAUAUUAAAAUAUCCUAUUAAAGAUAUAACACCGAAAUCGGUAUCAAAACACGUUACGAAAAUUGGAAUCUCAGAGGAGAUAAAAGUAAAGGAUACUGAAAUAAUAAAAGAAAUUAAAUUAACCGAAGUUUUACCACUAUCUCCUACUAAAAUUCACGAAGAUAUUCCAUCACCUAAAGAAACACCCAAAUCUCCUGCUAAAGUUCACGAUGAAAUUCCAUCACCUAAAGAACAAGCAAAAUCUCCUACUAAAAUUCACGAAGAUAUUCCAUCACCUAAAGAAACACCCAAAUCUCCUGCUGAAGUUCACGAUGAAAUUCCAUCACCUAAAGAACAAGCAAAAUCUCCUACUAAAAUUCACGAAGAUAUUCCAUCACCUAAAGAAACACCUAAAUCUCCAGCUAAAGUUCACGAUGAAAUUCCCUCACCUAAAGAAACACCCAAAUCUCCUGCUAAAGUUCACGAUGAAAUUCCAUCACCUAAAGAACAAGCAAAAUCUCCUACUAAAAUUCACGAAGAUAUUCCAUCACCUAAAGAAACACCUAAAUCUCCAGCUAAAGUUCACGAUGAAAUUCCAUCCCCUAAAGAACAAGCAAAAUCUCCCACUAAAAUUCACGAAGAUAUUCCAUCACCUAAAGAUACAUCUAAAUCUCCAGCUAAAGUUCACGAUGAAAUUCCAUCACCUAAAGAACAAGCAAAAUCUCCUACUAAAAUUCACGAAGAUAUUCCCUCACCUAAAGAAACACCCAAAUCUCCUGCUAAAGUUCACGAUGAAAUUCCAUCACCUAAAGAACAAGCAAAAUCUCCUACUAAAAUUCACGAAGAUAUUCCAUCACCUAAAGAAACACCUAAAUCUCCAGCUAAAGUUCACGAUGAAAUUCCAUCCCCUAAAGAACAAGCAAAAUCUCCCACAAAAAUUCACGAAGAUAUUCCAUCACCUAAAGAAACACCUAAAUCUCCAGCUAAAGUUCACGAUGAAAUUCCAUCACCUAAAGAACAAGCAAAAUCUCCUACUAAAAUUCACGAAGAUAUUCCCUCACCUAAAGAAACACCUAAAUCUCCAGCUAAAGUUCACGAUGAAAUUCCAUCCCCUAAAGAACAAGCAAAAUCUCCUACUAAAAUUCACGAAGAUAUUCCGUCAAUUAUAGAAGCAACUAAAUCUCCUGGUAAACCGAAAGACAUUGAAAUUUCUAAAGAUAUUCCAGUAAAACUAAUAUUAAAAUCUCCUAUUAAAGAUAUAACACCGAAAUCGGUAUCAAAACACGUUACGAAAAUUGGAAUCUCAGAGGAGAUAAAAGUAAAGGAUACUGAAAUAAUAAAAGAAAUUAAAUUAACCGAAGUUUUACCACUAUCUCCUACUAAAAUUCACGAAGAUAUUCCAUCACCUAAAGAAACACCCAAAUCUCCUGCUAAAGUUCACGAUGAAAUUCCAUCGCCUAAAGAACAAGCAAAAUCUCCUACUAAAAUUCACGAAGAUAUUCCAUCACCUAAAGAAACACCCAAAUCUCCUGCUAAAGUUCACGAUGAAAUUCCAUCACCUAAAGAACAAGCAAAAUCUCCUACUAAAAUUCACGAAGAUAUUCCAUCACCUAAAGAAACACCUAAAUCUCCAGCUAAAGUUCACGAUGAAAUUCCCUCACCUAAAGAAACACCCAAAUCUCCUGCUAAAGUUCACGAUGAAAUUCCAUCACCUAAAGAACAAGCAAAAUCUCCUACUAAAAUUCACGAAGAUAUUCCAUCACCUAAAGAAACACCUAAAUCUCCAGCUAAAAUUCACGAUGAAAUUCCAUCACCUAAAGAACAAGCAAAAUCUCCUACUAAAAUUCACGAUGAUAUUCCCUCACCUAAAGAAACACCUAAAUCUCCAGCUAAAGUAGACGAUGAAUUUCCAUUACCUAAAGAACAAGCAAAAUCUCCUACUAAAAUUCACGAAGAUAUUCCAUCACCUAAAGAUACACCUAAAUCUCCAGCUAAAGUAGACGAUGAUAUUCCAUCACCUAAAGAAACACCUAAAUCUCCAGCUAAAGUUCACGAUGAAAUUCCCUCACCUAAAGAAACACCCAAAUCUCCUGCUAAAGUUCACGAUGAAAUUCCAUCACCUAAAGAACAAGCAAAAUCUCCUACUAAAAUUCACGAAGAUAUUCCAUCACCUAAAGAAACACCUAAAUCUCCAGCUAAAAUUCACGAUGAAAUUCCAUCCCCUAAAGAACAAGCAAAAUCUCCUACUAAAAUUCACGAUGAUAUUCCCUCACCUAAAGAAACACCUAAAUCUCCAGCUAAAGUAGACGAUGAAUUUCCAUUACCUAAAGAACAAGCAAAAUCUCCUACUAAAAUUCACGAAGAUAUUCCAUCACCUAAAGAUACACCUAAAUCUCCAGCUAAAGUAGACGAUGAUAUUCCGUCACCUAAAGAACAAGCAAAAUCUCCUACUAAAAUUCACGAAGAUAUUCCAUCACCUAAAGAUACACCUAAAUCUCCAGCUAAAGUAGACGAUGAUAUUCCAUCACCUAAAGAACAAGCAAAAUCUCCUACUAAAAUUCACAAAGAUAUUCCAUCACCUAAAUAUACACCUAAAUCUCCAGCUAAAGUAGACGAUGAUAUUCCGUCACCUAAAGAACAAGCAAAAUCUCCUACUAAAAUUCACGAAGAUAUUCCAUCACCUAAAGAUACACCUAAAUCUCCAGCUAAAGUAGACGAUGAUAUUCCGUCACUUAAAGAACAAGCAAAAUCUCCUACUAAAAUUCACGAUGAUAUUCCAUCACCUAAAGAUACACCUAAAUCUCCAGCUAAAGUAGACGAUGAUAUUCCGUCACCUAAAGAACAAGCAAAAUCUCCUACUAAAAUUCACGAAGAUAUUCCAUCACCUAAAGAUACACCUAAAUCUCCAGCUAAAGAAGACGAUGAUAUUCCGUCACCUAAAGAACAAGCAAAAUCUCCUACUAAAAUUCACGAAGAUAUUCCCUCACCUAAAGAUACACCUAAAUCUCCAGCUAAAGAAGACGAUGAUAUUCCGUCACCUAAAGAACAAGCAAAAUCUCCUACUAAAAUUCACGAAGAUAUUCCAUCACCUAAAGAAACACCUAAAUCUCCAGCUAAAGUUCACGAUGAAAUUCCAUCACCUAAAGAACAAGCAAAAUCUCCUACUAAAAUUCACGAAGAUAUUCCCUCACCUAAAGAAACACCUAAAUCUCCAGCUAAAGUAGACGAUGAUAUUCCGUCACCUAAAGAACAAGCAAAAUCUCCUACUAAAAUUCACGAAGAUAUUCCGUCAAUUAUAGAAGCAACUAAAUCUCCUGAUAUAACACCGAAAUCGGUAUCAAAACACGUUACGAAAAUCUCAGAGGAGAUAAAAGUAAAGGAUACUGAAAUAAUAAAAGAAAUUAAAUUAACCGAAGUUUUACCACUAUCUCCUACUAAAAUUCACGAAGAUAUUCCAUCACCUAAAGAAACACCCAAAUCUCCUGCUAAAGUUCACGAUGAAAUUCCAUCACCUAAAGAACAAGCAAAAUCUCCUACUAAAAUUCACGAAGAUAUUCCAUCACCUAAAGAAACAACCAAAUCUCCUGCUAAAGUUCACGAUGAAAUUCCAUCACCUAAAGAACAAGCAAAAUCUCCUACUAAAAUUCACGAAGAUAUUCCAUCACCUAAAGAAACACCUAAAUCUCCUGCUAAAGUUCACGAUGAAAUUCCAUCACCUAAAGAACAAGCAAAAUCUCCUACUAAAAUUCACGAAGAUAUUCCAUCACCUAAAGAAACACCCAAAUCUCCUGCUAAAGUUCACGAUGAAAUUCCAUCACCUAAAGAACAAGCAAAAUCUCCUACUAAAAUUCACGAAGAUAUUCCAUCACCUAAAGAAACACCUAAAUCUCCAGCUAAAGUUCACGAUGAAAUUCCCUCACCUAAAGAAACACCCAAAUCUCCUGCUAAAGUUCACGAUGAAAUUCCAUCACCUAAAGAACAAGCAAAAUCUCCUACUAAAAUUCACGAAGAUAUUCCAUCACCUAAAGAAACACCUAAAUCUCCAGCUAAAAUUCACGAUGAAAUUCCAUCCCCUAAAGAACAAGCAAAAUCUCCUACUAAAAUUCACGAUGAUAUUCCCUCACCUAAAGAAACACCUAAAUCUCCAGCUAAAGUAGACGAUGAAUUUCCAUUACCUAAAGAACAAGCAAAAUCUCCUACUAAAAUUCACGAAGAUAUUCCAUCACCUAAAGAUACACCUAAAUCUCCAGCUAAAGUAGACGAUGAUAUUCCGUCACCUAAAGAACAAGCAAAAUCUCCUACUAAAAUUCACGAAGAUAUUCCAUCACCUAAAGAUACACCUAAAUCUCCAGCUAAAGUAGACGAUGAUAUUCCGUCACCUAAAGAACAAGCAAAAUCUCCUACUAAAAUUCACGAUGAUAUUCCAUCACCUAAAGAUACACCUAAAUCUCCAGCUAAAGUAGACGAUGAUAUUCCGUCACCUAAAGAACAAGCAAAAUCUCCUACUAAAAUUCACGAAGAUAUUCCAUCACCUAAAGAUACACCUAAAUCUCCAGCUAAAGUAGACGAUGAUAUUCCAUCACCUAAAGAACAAGCAAAAUCUCCUACUAAAAUUCACGAAGAUAUUCCCUCACCUAAAGAUACACCUAAAUCUCCAGCUAAAGAAGACGAUGAUAUUCCGUCACCUAAAGAACAAGCAAAAUCUCCUACUAAAAUUCACGAAGAUAUUCCCUCACCUAAAGAUACACCUAAAUCUCCAGCUAAAGUAGACGAUGAUAUUCCGUCACCUAAAGAACAAGCAAAAUCUCCUACUAAAAUUCACGAAGAUAUUCCAUCACCUAAAGAAACACCUAAAUCUCCAGCUAAAGUUCACGAUGAAAUUCCAUCACCUAAAGAACAAGCAAAAUCUCCUACUAAAAUUCACGAAGAUAUUCCCUCACCUAAAGAAACACCUAAAUCUCCAGCUAAAGUAGACGAUGAUAUUCCGUCACCUAAAGAACAAGCAAAAUCUCCUACUAAAAUUCACGAAGAUAUUCCGUCAAUUAUAGAAGCAACUAAAUCUCCUGGUAAACCGAAAGACAUUGAAAUUUCUAAAGAUAUUCCAGUAAAACUAAUAUUAAAAUCUCCUAUUAAAGAUAUAACACCGAAAUCGGUAUCAAAACACGUUACGAAAAUCUCAGAGGAGAUAAAAGUAAAGGAUACUGAAAUAAUAAAAGAAAUUAAAUUAACCGAAGUUUUACCACUAUCUCCUACUAAAAUUCACGAAGAUAUUCCAUCACCUAAAGAAACACCCAAAUCUCCUGCUAAAGUUCACGAUGAAAUUCCAUCACCUAAAGAACAAGCAAAAUCUCCUACUAAAAUUCACGAAGAUAUUCCAUCACCUAAAGAAACAACCAAAUCUCCUGCUAAAGUUCACGAUGAAAUUCCAUCACCUAAAGAACAAGCAAAAUCUCCUACUAAAAUUCACGAAGAUAUUCCAUCACCUAAAGAAACACCUAAAUCUCCAGCUAAAGAUCACGAUGAAAUUCCAUCACCUAAAGAACGAGCAAAAUCUCCUACUAAAAUUCACGAUGAUAUUCCCUCACCUAAAGAAACACCCAAAUCUCCUGCUAAAGUUCACGAUGAAAUUCCAUCACCUAAAGAACAAGCAAAAUCUCCUACUAAAAUUCACGAAGAUAUUCCAUCACCUAAAGAUACACCUAAAUCUCCAGCUAAAGUAGACGAUGAAAUUCCAUCACCUAAAGAACACGCCAAAUCUCCUACUAAAAUUCACGAAGAUAUUCCCUCACCUAAAGAUACACCUAAAUCUCCAGCUAAAGUAGACGAUGAAAUUCCAUCACCUAAAGAACAAGCAAAAUCUCCUACUAAAAUUCACGAAGAUAUUCCAUCACCUAAAGAUACACCUAAAUCUCCAGCUAAAGUAGACGAUGAUAUUCCGUCACCUAAAGAACAAGCAAAAUCUCCUACUAAAAUUCACGAAGAUAUUCCAUCACCUAAAGAUACACCUAAAUCUCCUGCUAAAGUUCACGAUGAAAUUCCAUCACCUAAAGAACAAGCAAAAUCUCCUACUAAAAUUCACGAAGAUAUUCCCUCACCUAAAGAAACACCUAAAUCUCCAGCUAAAGUAGACGAUGAAUUUCCAUUACCUAAAGAACAAGCAAAAUCUCCUACUAAAAUUCACGAAGAUAUUCUAUCACCUAAAGAUACACCUAAAUCUCCAGCUAAAGUAGACGAUGAUAUUCCGUCACCUAAAGAACAAGCAAAAUAUCCUACUAAAAUUCACGAAGAUAUUCCAUCACCUAGAGAUACACCUAAAUCUCCAGCUAAAGUAGACGAUGAUAUUCCAUCACCUAAAGAACAAGCAAAAUCUCCUACUAAAAUUCACGAAGAUAUUCCCUCACCUAAAGAUACACCUAAAUCUCCAGCUAAAGAAGACGAUGAUAUUCCGUCACCUAAAGAACAAGCAAAAUCUCCUACUAAAAUUCACGAAGAUAUUCCAUCACCUAAAGAAACACCUAAAUCUCCAGCUAAAGUUCACGAUGAAAUUCCAUCACCUAAAGAACAAGCAAAAUCUCCUACUAAAAUUCAUGAAGAUAUUCCCUCACCUAAAGAAAUACCUAAAUCUCCAGCUAAAGUAGACGAUGAUAUUCCGUCACCUAAAGAACAAGCAAAAUCUCCUACUAAAAUUCACGAAGAUAUUCCGUCAAUUAUAGAAGCAACUAAAUCUCCUGGUAAACCGAAAGACAUUGAAAUUUCUAAAGAUAUUCCAGUAAAACUAAUAUUAAAAUCUCCUAUUAAAGAUAUAACACCGAAAUCGGUAUCAAAACACGUUACGAAAAUCUCAGAGGAGAUAAAAGUAAAGGAUACUGAAAUAAUAAAAGAAAUUAAAUUAACCGAAGUUUUACCACUAUCUCCUACUAAAAUUCACGAAGAUAUUCCAUCACCUAAAGAAACACCUAAAUCUCCAGCUAAAGUUCACGAUGAAAUUCUAUCACCUAAAGAACAAGCAAAAUCUCCUACUAAAAUUCACGAAGAUAUUCCAUCACCUAAAGAAACAACCAAAUCUCCUGCUAAAGUUCACGAUGAAAUUCCAUCACCUAAGGAACAAGCAAAAUCUCCUACUAAAAUUCACGAAGAUAUUCCAUCACCUAAAGAAACACCUAAAUCUCCAGCUAAAGAUCACGAUGAAAUUCCAUCACCUAAAGAACGAGCAAAAUCUCCUACUAAAAUUCACGAUGAUAUUCCCUCACCUAAAGAAACACCCAAAUCUCCUGCUAAAGUUCACGAUGAAAUUCCAUCACCUAAAGAACAAGCAAAAUCUCCUACUAAAAUUCACGAAGAUAUUCCAUCACCUAAAGAUACACCUAAAUCUCCAGCUAAAGUAGACGAUGAAAUUCCAUCACCUAAAGAACACGCAAAAUCUCCUACUAAAAUUCACGAAGAUAUUCCCUCACCUAAAGAUACACCUAAAUCUCCAGCUAAAGUAGACGAUGAAAUUCCAUCACCUAAAGAACAAGCAAAAUCUCCUACUAAAAUUCACGAAGAUAUUCCAUCACCUAAAGAUACACCUAAAUCUCCAGCUAAAGUAGACGAUGAUAUUCCGUCACCUAAAGAACAAGCAAAAUCUCCUACUAAAAUUCACGAAGAUAUUCCAUCACCUAAAGAUACACCUAAAUCUCCAGCUAAAGUAGACGAUGAUAUUCCGUCACCUAAAGAACAAGCAAAAUCUCCUACUAAAAUUCCCGAAGAUAUUCCAUCACCUAAAGAAACACCUAAAUCUCCAGCUAAAGUUCACGAUGAAAUUCCAUCACCUAAAGAACAAGUAAAAUCUUCUACUAAAAUUCACGAAGAUAUUCCCUCACCUAAAGAUACACCUAAAUCUCCAGCUAAAGAAGACGAUAAUAUUCCGUCACCUAAAGAACAAGCAAAAUCUCCUACUAAAAUUCACGAAGAUAUUCCCUCACCUAAAGAUACACCUAAAUCUCCAGCUAAAGUUCACGAUGAAAUUCCAUCACCUAAAGAACAAGCAAAAUCUCCUACUAAAAUUCACGAAGAUAUUCUAUCACCUAAAGAUACACCUAAAUCUCCAGCUAAAGUAGACGAUGAUAUUCCGUCACCUAAAGAACAAGCAAAAUCUCCUACUAAAAUUCACGAAGAUAUUCCAUCACCUAAAGAUACACCUAAAUCUCCAGCUAAAGUAGACGAUGAUAUUCCGUCACCUAAAGAACAAGCAAAAUCUCCUACUAAAAUUCACGAAGAUAUUCCCUCACCUAAAGAUACACCUAAAUCUCCAGCUAAAGUUCACGAUGAAAUUCCAUCACCUAAAGAACAAGCAAAAUCUCCUACUAAAAUUCACGAAGAUAUUCCAUCACCUAAAGAAACACCUAAAUCUCCAGCUAAAGUUCACGAUGAAAUUCCAUCACCUAAAGAACAAGUAAAAUCUUCUACUAAAAUUCACGAAGAUAUUCCCUCACCUAAAGAUACACCUAAAUCUCCAGCUAAAGAAGACGAUAAUAUUCCGUCACCUAAAGAACAAGCAAAAUCUCCUACUAAAAUUCACGAAGAUAUUCCCUCACCUAAAGAUACACCUAAAUCUCCAGCUAAAGUUCACGAUGAAAUUCCAUCACCUAAAGAACAAGUAAAAUCUUCUACUAAAAUUCACGAAGAUAUUCCCUCACCUAAAGAUACACCUAAAUCUCCAGCUAAAGAAGACGAUAAUAUUCCGUCACCUAAAGAACAAGCAAAAUCUCCUACUAAAAUUCACGAAGAUAUUCCCUCACCUAAAGAUACACCUAAAUCUCCAGCUAAAGUUCACGAUGAAAUUCCAUCACCUAAAGAACAAGCAAAAUCUCCUACUAAAAUUCACGAAGAUAUUCCCUCACCUAAAGAAACACCUAAAUAUCCAGCUAAAGUAGACGAUGAAUUUCCAUUACAUAAAGAACAAGCAAAAUCUCCUACUAAAAUUCACGAAGAUAUUCCGUCAAUUAUAGAAGCAACUAAAUCUCCUGGUAAACCGAAAGACAUUGAAAUUUCUAAAGAUAUUCCAGUAAAACUAAUAUUAAAAUCUCCUAUUAAAGAUAUAACACCGAAAUCGGUAUCAAAACACGUUACGAAAAUCUCAGAGGAGAUAAAAGUAAAGGAUACUGAAAUAAUAAAAGAAAUUAAAUUAACCGAAGUUUUACCACUAUCUCCUACUAAAAUUCACGAAGAUAUUCCAUCACCUAAAGAUACACCUAAAUCUCCUGCUAAAGUUCACGAUGAAAUUCCAUCACCUAAAGAACAAGCAAAAUCUCCUACUAAAAUUCACGAAGAUAUUCCCUCACCUAAAGAAACACCUAAAUCUCCAGCUAAAGUAGACGAUGAAUUUCCAUUACAUAAAGAACAAGCAAAAUCUCCUACUAAAAUUCACGAAGAUAUUCCAUCACCUAAAGAUACACCUAAAUCUCCAGCUAAAGUAGACGAUGAUAUUCCGUCACCUAAAGAACAAGCAAAAUCUCCUACUAAAAUUCACGAAGAUAUUCCCUCACCUAAAGAAACACCCAAAUCUCCUGCUAAAGUUCACGAUGAAAUUCCAUCACCUAAAGAACAAGCAAAAUCUCCUACUAAAAUUCACGAUGAUAUUCCCUCACCUAAAGAAACACCCAAAUCUCCUGCUAAAGUUCACGAUGAAAUUCCAUCACCUAAAGAACAAGCAAAAUCUCCUACUAAAAUUCACGAAGAUAUUCCCUCACCUAAAGAAACACCCAAAUCUCCUGCUAAAGUUCACGAUGAAAUUCCAUCACCUAAAGAUACACCUAAAUCUCCAGCUAAAGUAGACGAUGAUAUUCCGUCACCUAAAGAACAAGCAAAAUCUCCUACUAAAAUUCACGAAGAUAUUCCCUCACCUAAAGAUACACCUAAAUCUCCAGCUAAAGUAGACGAUGAUAUUCCGUCACCUAAAGAACAAGCAAAAUCUCCUACUAAAAUUCACGAAGAUAUUCCAUCACCUAAAGAAACACCCAAAUCUCCUGCUAAAGUUCACGAUGAAAUUCCAUCACCUAAAGAACAAGCAAAAUCUCCUACUAAAAUUCACGAAGAUAUUCUAUCACCUAAAGAUACACCUAAAUCUCCAGCUAAAGUAGACGAUGAUAUUCCGUCACCUAAAGAACAAGCAAAAUCUCCUACUAAAAUUCACGAAGAUAUUCCCUCACCUAAAGAAACCCCCAAAUCUCCUGCUAAAGUUCACGAUGAAAUUCCAUCACCUAAAGAACAAGCAAAAUCUCCUACUAAAAUUCACGAAGAUAUUCCCUCACCUAAAGAAACACCCAAAUCUCCUGCUAAAGUUCACGAUGAAAUUCCAUCACCUAAAGAACAAGCAAAAUCUCCUACUAAAUUUCACGAAGAUAUUCCAUCACCUAAAGAAACACCUAAAUCUCCAGCUAAAGUUCACGAUGAAAUUCCAUCACCUAAAGAACAAGCAAAAUCUCCUACUAAAAUUCACGAUGAUAUUCCCUCACCUAAAGAAACACCCAAAUCUCCUGCUAAAGUUCACGAUGAAAUUCCAUCACCUAAAGAACAAGCAAAAUCUCCUACUAAAAUUCACGAAGAUAUUCCCUCACCUAAAGAAACACCCAAAUCUCCUGCUAAAGUUCACGAUGAAAUUCCAUCACCUAAAGAUACACCUAAAUCUCCAGCUAAAGUAGACGAUGAUAUUCCGUCACCUAAAGAACAAGCAAAAUCUCCUACUAAAAUUCACGAAGAUAUUCCCUCACCUAAAGAUACACCUAAAUCUCCAGCUAAAGUUCACGAUGAAAUUCCAUCACCUAAAGAACAAGCAAAAUCUCCUACUAAAAUUCACGAAAAUAUUCCAUCACCUAAAGAAACACCUAAAUCUCCAGCUAAAGUAGACGAUGAAAUUCCAUCACCUAAAGAACUAACAAAGUCUCCUACUAAAAUUCAUGAAGAUAUUCCAUCACCUAAAGAAACACCCAAAUCUCCUGCCAAAGUUCACGAUGAAAUUCCAUCCCCUAAAGACACACCUAAAUCUCCAGCUAAAGUUCACGAUGAAAUUCCAUCACCUAAUGAAACACCUAAAUCUCCAGCUAAAGUUCACGAUGAAAUUCCAUCACCUAAAAAACAAGCAAAAUCUCCUACUAAAAUUCACGAAGAUAUUCUAUCACCUAAAGAUACACUUAAAUCUCCAGCUAAAGUAGACGAUGAUAUUCCGUCACCUAAAGAACCAGCAAAAUCUCCUACUAAAAUUCACGAAGAUAUUCCAUCACCUAAAGAACAAGCAAAAUCUCCUACUAAAAUUCACGAAGAUAUUCCAUCACCUAAAGAUACACCUAAAUCUCCAGCUAAAGUAGACGAUGAUAUUCCGUCACCUAAAGAACAAGCAAAAUCUCCUACUAAAAUUCACGAAGAUAUUCCAUCACCUAAAGAUACACCUAAAUCUCCAGCUAAAGUAGACGAUGAUAUUCCGUCACCUAAAGAACAAGCAAAAUCUCCUACUAAAAUUCACGAAGAUAUUCCAUCACCUAAAGAAACACCUAAAUCUCCAGCUAAAGUAGACGAUGAUAUUCCGUCACCUAAAGAACAAGCAAAAUCUCCUACUAAAAUUCACGAAGAUAUUCCAUCACCUAAAGAUACACCUAAAUCUCCAGCUAAAGUAGACGAUGAUAUUCCGUCACCUAAAGAACAAGCAAAAUCUCCUACUAAAAUUCCCGAAGAUAUUCCAUCACCUAAAGAAACACCUAAAUCUCCAGCUAAAGUUCACGAUGAAAUUCCAUCACCUAAAGAACAAGCAAAAUCUCCUACUAAAAUUCACGAAGAUAUUCCCUCACCUAAAGAUACACCUAAAUCUCCAGCUAAAGAAGACGAUAAUAUUCCGUCACCUAAAGAACAAGCAAAAUCUCCUACUAAAAUUCACGAAGAUAUUCCAUCACCUAAAGAAACACCUAAAUCUCCAGCUAAAGUUCACGAUGAAAUUCCAUCACCUAAAGAACAAGCAAAAUCUCCUACUAAAAUUCACGAAGAUAUUCCCUCACCUAAAGAAACACCUAAAUAUCCAGCUAAAGUAGACGAUGAAUUUCCAUUACAUAAAGAACAAGCAAAAUCUCCUACUAAAAUUCACGAAGAUAUUCCGUCAAUUAUAGAAGCAACUAAAUCUCCUGGUAAACCGAAAGACAUUGAAAUUUCUAAAGAUAUUCCAGUAAAACUAAUAUUAAAAUCUCCUAUUAAAGAUAUAACACCGAAAUGGGUAUCAAAACACGUUACGAAAAUCUCAGAGGAGAUAAAAGUAAAGGAUACUGAAAUAAUAAAAGAAAUUAAAUUAACCGAAGUUUUACCACUAUCUCCUACUAAAAUUCACGAAGAUAUUCCAUCACCUAAAGAUACACCUAAAUCUCCUGCUAAAGUUCACGAUGAAAUUCCAUCACCUAAAGAACAAGCAAAAUCUCCUACUAAAAUUCACGAAGAUAUUCCCUCACCUAAAGAAACACCUAAAUCUCCAGCUAAAGUAGACGAUGAAUUUCCAUUACAUAAAGAACAAGCAAAAUCUCCUACUAAAAUUCACGAAGAUAUUCCAUCACUUAAAGAUACACCUAAAUCUCCAGCUAAAGUAGACGAUGAUAUUCCGUCACCUAAAGAACAAGCAAAAUCUCCUACUAAAAUUCACGAAGAUAUUCCCUCACCUAAAGAAACACCCAAAUCUCCUGCUAAAGUUCACGAUGAAAUUCCAUCACCUAAAGAACAAGCAAAAUCUCCUACUAAAUUUCACGAAGACAUUCCAUCACCUAAAGAAACACCUAAAUCUCCAGCUAAAGUUCACGAUGAAAUUCCAUCACAUAAAGAACAAGCAAAAUCUCCUACUAAAAUUCACGAUGAUAUUCCCUCACCUAAAGAAACACCCAAAUCUCCUGCUAAAGUUCACGAUGAAAUUCCAUCACCUAAAGAACAAGCAAAAUCUCCUACUAAAAUUCACGAAGAUAUUCCCUCACCUAAAGAAACACCCAAAUCUCCUGCUAAAGUUCACGAUGAAAUUCCAUCACCUAAAGAUACACCUAAAUCUCCAGCUAAAGUAGACGAUGAUAUUCCGUCACCUAAAGAACAAGCAAAAUCUCCUACUAAAAUUCACGAAGAUAUUCCCUCACCUAAAGAUACACCUAAAUCUCCAGCUAAAGUUCACGAUGAAAUUCCAUCACCUAAAGAACAAGCAAAAUCUCCUACUAAAAUUCACGAAAAUAUUCCAUCACCUAAAGAAACACCUAAAUCUCCAGCUAAAGUAGACGAUGAAAUUCCAUCACCUAAAGAACUAACAAAGUCUCCUACUAAAAUUCAUGAAGAUAUUCCAUCACCUAAAGAAACACCCAAAUCUCCUGCCAAAGUUCACGAUGAAAUUCCAUCCCCUAAAGACACACCUAAAUCUCCAGCUAAAGUUCACGAUGAAAUUCCAUCACCUAAUGAAACACCUAAAUCUCCAGCUAAAGUUCACGAUGAAAUUCCAUCACCUAAAAAACAAGCAAAAUCUCCUACUAAAAUUCACGAAGAUAUUCCGUCAAUUAUAGAAGCAACUAAAUAUCCUGGUAAACCGAAAGACAUUGAAAUUUCUAAAGAUAUUCCAGUAAAACUAAUAUUAAAAUCUCCUAUUAAAGAUAUAACACCGAAAUCGGUAUCAAAACACGUUACGAAAAUUGGAAUCUCAGAGGAGAUAAAAGUAAAGGAUACUGAAAUAAUAAAAGAAAUUAAAUUAACCAAAGUUUUACCACUAUCUCCUACUAAAAUUCACGAAGAUAUUCCAUCACCUAAAGAAACACCUAAGUCUCCAGCUAAAGUUCACGAUGAAAUUCCAUCACCUAAAGAAAUUCCAAAAUCUCCUACUAAAAUUCACGAAGAUAUUCCAUCACCUAAAGAAACACUUAAAUCUCCAGCUAAAGUUCACGAUGAAAUUCCAUCACCUAAAGAACAAGCAAAAUCUCCUACUAAAAUUCACGAAGAUAUUCCAUCACCUACAGAUACACUUAAAUCUCCAGCUAAAUUAGACGUUGAUAUUCCAUCCCCUAAAGAACAAGCAAAAUCUCCUACUAAAAUUCACGAAGAUAUUCCAUCACCUAAAGAAACACAUAAAUCUCCAGCUAAAGUUCACGAUGAAAUUCCAUCACCUAAAGAACUUGCAAAAUCUCCUACUAAAAUUCACGAAGAUAUUCCAUCACCUAAAGAAACACAUAAAUCUCCAGCUAAAUUAGACGUUGAUAUUCCAUCCCCUAAAGAACAAGCAAAAUCUCCUACUAAAAUUCACGAAGAUAUUCCAUCACCUAAAGAAACACUUAAAUCUCCAGCUAAAGUUCACGAUGAAAUUCCAUCACCUAAAGAACAAGCAAAAUCUCCUACUAAAAUUCACGAAGAUAUUCCAUCACCUAAAGAAACACAUAAAUCUCCAGCUAAAGUUCACGAUGAAAUUCCAUCACCUAAAGAACAUGCAAAAUCUUCUACUAAAAUUCACGAAGAUAUUCCAUCACCUAAAGAAACACUUAAAUCUCCAGCUAAAGUUCACGAUGAAAUUCCAUCACCUAAAGAACUUGCAAAAUCUCCUACUAAAAUUCACGAAGAUAUUCCAUCACCUAAAGAAACACAUAAAUCUCCAGCUAAAGUUCACGAUGAAAUUCUAUCACCUAAAGAACUUGCAAAAUCUCCUACUAAAAUUCACGAAGAUAUUCCAUCACCUAAAGAAACACUUAAAUCUCCAGCUAAAGUUCACGAUGAAAUUCCAUCACCUAAAGAACUUGCAAAAUCUCCUACUAAAAUUCACGAAGAUAUUCCAUCACCUAAAGAAACACUUAAAUCUCCAGCUAAAGUUCACGAUGAAAUUCCAUCACCUAAAGAACUUGCAAAAUCUCCUACUAAAAUUCACGAAGAUAUUCCAUCACCUAAAGAAACACUUAAAUCUCCAGCUAAAGUUCACCAUGAAAUUCCAUCACCUAAAGAACUUGCAAAAUCUCCUACUAAAAUUCACGAAGAUAUUCCAUCACCUAAAGAAACACUUAAAUCUCCAGCUAAAGUUCACGAUGAAAUUCCAUCACCUAAAGAACUUGCAAAAUCUCCUACUAAAAUUCACGAAGAUAUUCCAUCACCUAAAGAAACACUUAAAUCUCCAGCUAAAGUUCACGAUGAAAUUCCAUCACCUAAAGAACUUGCAAAAUCUCCUACUAAAAUUCAUGAAGAUAUUCCCUCACCUAAAGAUACACCCAAAUCUCCUACUAAAAUUCACGAAGAUAUUCCAUCACCUAAAGAUACACUUAAAUCUCCAGCUAAAUUAGACGUUGAUAUUCCAUCCCCUAAAGAACAAGCAAAAUCUCCUACUAAAAUUCACGAAGAUAUUCCAUCACCUAAAGAAACACAUAAAUCUCCAGCUAAAGUUCACGAUGAAAUUCCAUCACCUAAAGAACUUGCAAAAUCUCCUACUAAAAUUCACGAAGAUAUUCCAUCACCUAAAGAAACACUUAAAUCUCCAGCUAAAGUUCACGAUGAAAUUCCAUCACCUAAAGAACUUGCAAAAUCUGCUACUAAAAUUCACGAAGAUAUUCCAUCACCUAAAGAUACACCUAAAUCUCCAGCUAAAUUAGACGUUGAUAUUCCAUCCCCUAAAGAACAAGCAAAAUCUCCUACUAAAAUUCACGAAGAUAUUCCAUCACCUAAAGAAACACUUAAAUCUCCAGCUAAAGUUCACGAUGAAAUUCCAUCACCUAAAGAACAAGCAAAAUCUCCUACUAAAAUUCACGAAGAUAUUCCAUCACCUAAAGAAACACAUAAAUCUCCAGCUAAAGUUCACGAUGAAAUUCCAUCACCUAAAGAACUUGCAAAAUCUCCUACUAAAAUUCACGAAGAUAUUCCAUCACCUAAAGAAACACUUAAAUCUCCAGCUAAAGUUCACGAUGAAAUUCCAUCACCUAAACAACUUGCAAAAUCUCCUACUAAAAUUAACGAAGAUAUUCCAUCACCUAAAGAUACACCUAAAUCUCAAGCUAAAGUAGAUGAUGAUAUUCCAUCACCUAAAGAACUAACAAAAUCUCCUACUAAAAUUCAUAAAGAUAUUCCCUCACCUAAAGAUACACCUAAAUCUCCAGCUAAAUUAGACGUUGAUAUUCCGUACCCUAAAGAACAAGCAAAAUCUCCUACUAAAAUUCACGAAGAUAUUCCAUCAUCUAAAGAAACACUUAAAUCUCCAGCUAAAGUUCACGAUGAAAUUCCAUCACCUAAAGAACUUGCAAAAUCUCCUACUAAAAUUCACGAAGAUAUUCCAUCACCUAAAGAAACACAUAAAUCUCCAGCUAAAGUUCACGAUGAAAUUCCAUCACCUAAAGAACUUGCAAAAUCUCCUACUAAAAUUCAUGAAGAUAUUCCAUCACCUAAAGAAACACUUAAAUCUCCAGCUAAAGUUCACGAUGAAAUUCCAUCACCUAAAGAACUUGCAAAAUCUCCUACUAAAAUUCACGAAGAUAUUCCAUCACCUAAAGAAACACUUAAAUCUCCAGCUAAAGUUCACGAUGAAAUUCCAUCACCUAAAGAACUUGCAAAAUCUCCUACUAAAAUUCACGAAGAUAUUCCAUCACCUAAAGAAACACAUAAAUCUCCAGCUAAAGUUCACGAUGAAAUUCCAUCACCUAAAGAACUUGCAAAAUCUCCUACUAAAAUUCAUGAAGAUAUUCCAUCACCUAAAGAAACACUUAAAUCUCCAGCUAAAGUUCACGAUGAAAUUCCAUCACCUAAAGAACUUGCAAAAUCUCCUACUAAAAUUCACGAAGAUAUUCCAUCACCUAAAGAAACACUUAAAUCUCCAGCUAAAGUUCACGAUGAAAUUCCAUCACCUAAAGAACUUGCAAAAUCUCCUACUAAAAUUAACGAAGAUAUUCCAUCACCUAAAGAUACACCCAAAUCUCCAGCUAAAGUAGAUGAUGAAAUUCCAUCCCCUAAAGAACAAGCAAAAUCUCCUACUAAAAUUCACGAAGAUAUUCCAUCACCUAAAGAUACACCUAAAUCUCCAGCUAAAGUAGAUGAUGAUAUUCCAUCACCUAAAGAACUAACAAAAUCUCCUAAUAAAAUUCAUGAAGAUAUUCCAUCACCUAAAGAAACACUUAAAUCUCCAGCUAAAGUUCACGAUGAAAUUCCAUCACCUAAAGAACUUGCAAAAUCUCCUACUAAAAUUCACGAAGAUAUUCCAUCACCUAAAGAAACACAUAAAUCUCCAGCUAAAGUUCACGAUGAAAUUCCAUCACCUAAAGAACUUGCAAAAUCUCCUACUAAAAUUCAUGAAGAUAUUCCAUCACCUAAAGAAACACUUAAAUCUCCAGCUAAAGUUCACGAUGAAAUUCCAUCACCUAAAGAACUUGCAAAAUCUCCUACUAAAAUUCACGAAGAUAUUCCAUCACCUAAAGAAACACUUAAAUCUCCAGCUAAAGUUCACGAUGAAAUUCCAUCACCUAAAGAACUUGCAAAAUCUCCUACUAAAAUUCACGAAGAUAUUCCAUCACCUAAAGAAACACUUAAAUCUCCAGCUAAAGUUCACGAUGAAAUUCCAUCACCUAAAGAACUUGCAAAAUCUCCUACUAAAAUUAACGAAGAUAUUCCAUCACCUAAAGAUACACCCAAAUCUCCAGCUAAAGUAGAUGAUGAAAUUCCAUCCCCUAAAGAACAAGCAAAAUCUCCUACUAAAAUUCACGAAGAUAUUCCAUCACCUAAAGAUACACCUAAAUCUCCAGCUAAAGUAGAUGAUGAUAUUCCAUCACCUAAAGAACUAACAAAAUCUCCUAAUAAAAUUCAUGAAGAUAUUCCCUCACCUAAAGAUACACCUAAAUCUCCAGCUAAAUUAGACGUUGAUAUUCCAUCACCUAAAGAACUAGCAAUUUCUCCUACUAAAAUUCACGAACAUAUUCCCUUACCUAAAGAAAAACCUAAAUCUCCAGAACCUCUAUCUUCUGAAACCGAUUCUUUCCAAAGAAUCGACCAGCAGACUCUCUCAGAAAGCGAGUCUCACAUCUCCAUAAUUGAAACCUCUCAUACAGCGACUAAACAGCAAUUUGAAAUCUCAAAUUCCGAUAUUAAAAUGACCGACGAUUUAUUGGAAAUCACACUCAUCGAUGUCAACGCAGAUCCACGUCAGAAGAAGAAGCAAAUUCCAGCGCAUCGCGAAAAGCCUGACAGUGAGCCCGUCAAGAAAAAAUCAUCUGCUAGACAAGUCACUAAAGUGAAAUUAGCAAAAUCGACCAAACUGACUAAAUCUCAACGCGACGCUGACAUGAGUUCUGAUGAUGAAAAAUCAGUUACUGUAAAACAAUCCCCAAAAUCUAAAUUCACCAAAAAAAGCACCAGAAGAACCGAAAUCACCACCAAACAAAGAACCGACUCGUCCAGCACUAGAAGCGAAUCAAGCAGUUCGCGAGUAACAAGAUCCUCAGUAACCAAAAGUUCUCAAUCAAUUUCUGUUAAAGAAUCGAAAGCAGCAAAGCAAACCGAAUACUUAAAAAGAAAACCAGUAGCGCCCUAUUGCCCACCAGAAAUAACUCACGUUGUGAAAAAAUACGAUAGCCGAGUGCACGGCUACAUGAUGUCUACAGUAUCAAGAGACAUGAAGAGUAUCAGAAUCAAAGAUAAACGUGAAGUUGACAACGCCAAUGAGCAACUUAAAAGCAAACUAAAAUUGGACGAACACAAACCUAAAUUGAGCAUUCCUGCUAAGCAAAAGUCCAGAGAAGGUACACCGACUAAUCAAAAUUCUAGAGAUACUCCUCUAAAAACUGUUAGUAGCGAUAGUACUCCAGUAAAAACUGUUACUAGAGAUAGUACUCCAAUUAAACCAGCUACAGGAGAUGGUACACCAACUAAAUCUAAAGAUGCAAAGAAAAGCGCAAUGAAAAAGGUCCCUAGCACACCAACAAAGAAGAAAGAAAUUAAAGAUGACUCGCCGAAGCUGAAGAAAAAAAGCAAAUUAGAUUCUAACAAAAUAAUUACGCAGCAAUCCGAGAAAUCCACUUUCAACGAAGACGCUACAAAAAUCUUCCGCAUCGAAAGCCCGAAACCCAGUCCUUCCCCCACGAAACUGCGCCGGACCAUCAUCAGCGAGCAUAUCAAGAAAUUCUCCCAAUCUAUCCAGAAGCCGUCCUGCGAGAAAACCGUCCAGUUCGCCGACCGCGCUCGCAGCCAGAGCGUCAUCCCUACCACCUACCACGAACUCAUCGAAGAAGGUCGCAAAAGCGCCAGCCCCACGUCCCUGCCGGGCAGCCCCAUACGCGUCAGAUCUGCCAACGGGGGCACCAAGCAGCUGACAUCGGAAGUCUUCACGCGCACCCAAUACCACACCGGCUCUAUAGAGGUCAUCUACCGGCAACCGUACGAGAACAUUCGCCGAGUGGCGUCGGCGCUCAAGAACGAAACUGAGAUGUCGCUUGUAGACACUACGGACUCCAGCCUGUCGGAGUCUGUAGCGCUGCCCAGCUCCCCGUCCGAUCACGACGUCAGCUCCGACGCCAACGGCCGGUGCAAACCCCUAACGCCCACGUCGCCGAAAAUCCGGCGCUCCCGCGAAUCCGUUCAAGAAUCCUGCCACCGCAUGUCCGAUCUGAUCAUUUGCGAGGAUGCCAUGAUACAAGAAACCGAGCUGCCGCGCAAACUGGUGCUCUCCCAGUACGCGGAGGCGGCGGCCGGCCCGCAGAAGACCGAGGAGAGGCUGUCGCCUAUCCUGGACGUGCAGGUCCUCUCGCCGACGCGGAGGAAGUUUCAGUAUGAGUAUAUAGAAGGAAGUACUUCAACAGGUAACACUUCCUCAGCGCUACCCGAAACUAUUGCGGUGUCAACCCAGAGCAUGGCUUCUCGAAUAGACACAAGUAAAGAGGUAUAA